GUUGAUUCAACGCCCAUCCCUAGCUUUCAUGUCAAAAUUGACAUUGGUCAUCCGUCAUAUGUCAUAAUUAAUGUAAAGAUCAAUGAAUGAUCAAUGCGGGCAAGAAAUGAAUAUUUAAAAUUAGAUGAAAUUCUAUAAAUAAUUGAUAAAACAUGGGAUCACGACAAAUUACUGAGAAAUCUCUGUCUAUGUUAAGAUCAUUACCGAGAAUUUCUCUUGGUAAUAUUCGUAACAACCCAAAAUCCAAGCCAAAUCCUAAAAGAGGCCGCGGUCAACACGGAGGUGACAAGCAUGGCGCUGGUAAUAAAGGAUCGGGCCAACGGCAAAACUAUAUGAGAUUAGGUUACGAAACUGGAAACAACCCAUUUUAUCUGAGAGUUCCUCAAGAACAUUAUUACAGAGGCCAUCAUCUCCGGAGAGAAUAUCCCCCACUGUCAUUGCAUCAACUUCAGAGUAUUAUUGACAGAGAUCGUUUGGAUAUAACUAAACCAAUAGAUAUUGCUAGUAUUAUCAGGUCAGGUCUCUACAAUUUUUUCCCUGAUCAGAAGCAAUUUGGGGUCCAACUCACUGAUGAAGGAGCAGAUUUUUUUGCAGCUAAGAUAAAUAUUGAAGUGCAGUGGGCAAGUGAACAAGUUAUUGCUGCUAUUGAGAAAAAUGGUGGUGUUAUUACAACUGCUUAUUAUGAUCCUCAUAGUUUAAUGUUACUCAAGAACCCUAAAAAGUUUUUCGAGUCAGGUCAAGCUAUACCUCGGAGGAUGAUUCCACCACCUGAUGCUAUUGAAUACUACACAAGUGCUAAGACCCGUGGUUAUCUGGCUGAUCCAGAAGAAAUAUCAAAGGAAAGGCUUAGACUAUCUCAGAAAUAUGGGUAUACUUUACCGAACAUUGAAAAUGAACCAAAUUACAAUAUGUUAAGUGAGCGGAAAGAUCCAAGACAAAUAUUUUAUGGAUUAGAACCUGGUUGGGUUAUCAAUUUGAAGGAAAAGUGUAUUCUCAAGCCUAAAGAUUUAGAAUUGCUACAAUUCUACAGUACAUAAUAUAGUAAAGGAUUGGUAAAUAUAGGCACAUAGUUGUUAUAUGUUGUUAUUAUUUUCUGCAUCAUCUUCACCUCAUUGCCAUGUAACUCGCUAUAGCUAGCUAAGAAAAUGUUAUUAUUUACUGCAACUUUUAGAAGUAAGCAAGCUUGUUGCAGUCACACUGAAAAAUCAUCCGAUAUCUUCUCUCCCUCUGAGUGGGAAGGAAGGAGUGUCAGACACUUACUGGCUACAAAAUACCCUGUUCCUUUUUCUGCGAUCCAGGCCUCGGUACAUCAUUGUGCAACUGCACCACCCGGACAGUGCUAGACGCAUCCUUGAAUUUUU